AAAGCGAAUGUAAGCGCGGGAGCCAGGCGCAAACAACCGCCGCGCAACUUGGCUCGCUUUCCCACCUCCUUCGCUGUCGUCAGAGACGACGACCAGCACUGACGGCGCCAACGAAGUCAAAUUUCGGAGGAAGGAAGAACUCGAAGCGCUCCAUUGACGACACGACCUUCUAUGGCAUACCCGACCACAUUGGCUCCCCAGCUCAAUCAAGUCCCGGAAGACGUUGUAGUAGGUGCAUCAACCCACGGUGGUACCGUUAGAGGACACGAGUACGAUAUGCCAAUCAUGCAACCAUCAUAUCCAGAUCCUGCACCUGCACCACAACCCAGAAUCCUCAAGGCCUCUGCAGGGAGACAGCGACCCGUGUCUAUGCCGCCCCAAUCUCACACAAAUACAAAUACAAAUACAAAUUCUGAAGGAGAGAAGGACAGAGAAAGAGAGAAGGAGAGGCCUGAUAGAGCUGGAGAGAGGGAUAGACAUAGAGCUGGCCAUGGCUCGGCCUCGAAAUCCACUCGGUCAAAUAGGAUUCUAGGCGACUACACACUCACCAAAACUCUCGGUGCUGGAAGUAUGGGGAAGGUUAAGCUGGCUACUCAUAAUCUGACAGGAGAACAGUUGGCGGUCAAAAUCCUUCCAAGGGCAGCUCCGCAGCCAGCUCAUACGAAUGGGGUUACCCCAGAUGCAGUUUCUCGUCAAGCUUCGAAGGAUGCAUCUAAAGAAAUCCGAACACUACGAGAAGCUGCUCUCUCCAUGCUUCUUCAUCAUCCGUAUAUUGCCGGCAUGCGGGAGAUGAUUAUACACCAACAUCACUAUUACAUGGUUUUCGAGUAUAUCAGCGGAGGCCAGAUGUUGGACUACAUUAUAUCGCACGGCCGUUUGCGGGAGCGUGUGGCUAGGAAGUUCGCAAGACAGAUUGCCAGUGCUCUUGAUUAUUGCCAUCGGAACAACGUUGUCCAUCGAGACCUCAAAAUCGAAAACAUCCUCAUUUCCCAAACUGGCAACAUCAAAAUCAUCGACUUCGGCCUUUCCAAUCUAUAUGACCCUUCAGCUCAUCUCUCUACAUUUUGCGGCUCUCUCUACUUUGCUGCACCGGAACUCCUGAAUGCCAAGGUUUACACAGGCCCAGAGGUUGAUGUUUGGAGUUUCGGUGUUGUUCUUUAUGUUCUCGUGUGUGGUAAAGUCCCGUUCGAUGACCAGAGUAUGCCGGCACUUCACGCCAAGAUCAAACGUGGACUCGUAGAAUAUCCGGUUUGGUUGAGUGCUGAAUGUAAACACUUACUUUCUCGAAUGCUGGUAACGAAUCCUGCAUUACGUGCUUCGUUAACCGAAGUGCUCUCGCAUCCUUGGAUGGUCAGAGGGUUUUCGGGUCCCCCAGAAAAUCACCUUCUUCAUCGAGAACCUCUUCGUGCCGACGAGCUGGAUCGCAACGUAAUACGCGGCAUGAAAGGUUUUGAAUUUGGUGAUGAGAAGGAAAUAGAACGGAAAUUGGCCAAAAUUCUCGAAAGCGAUGCCUAUCAGCGAGCGGUCAGGGAGUGGGAGCGGAAGAGAGGAGUGUUGGGCAACCUUAAUGGCAACGGGAAAUGGUCAGACUUCAUGAGCAGCUCAACCCUCGCAGUUUCCUACGACGGGUCUACGAAGAACGGUGAUAUGCCGCCGACGCCCUCGAAGAAGCGGUUUUCUGGAUUCAAUUUCUAUCGCCGCAAACUUUUCUCACCAUCCUCCUCUCCACCUCACACUCCAGCGCCAUCUAAUUCACCUCCGUCAUCCACAAAUCAUCUGGUCAUCGAUGCAAAAAAUGGGAGAGGAGACGCGAUACUUGACCCGACUAAAGGAUUUCAUCCUCUAUUAUCCAUGUACUAUCUUGCGAAAGAGAAGAUGGAGCGUGAAAAGGUCUUCGGGGUUGGAAUAUUUGCUAGCAGCAAAGUCGAGGUCAAUGAUGAGAGGCAAACUGCCAUCAAACAAGCUCUCGGUCAAGAAGAUACCAAUCUCAACUCAUCGGCUACCGUCGUCACUGCUACCGCCCCGAGUACAGGUCCUUAUUCUGGCCAAGGCAAGAGAGAGCAGCUCUCUGCACCUCAGCCUUCUACUUCACUCCAGCCACCUUCCAGCCCUCAAGCGCAUACACACACACUUCCAUCACCAACACCUAUCGGAGCCAAAGCAGAUUACAGCAUGCCUCUUCCUCGACUCCCUGCUCCAGAAACAUCGCAUUACUCUGGAAUGUCGUACGAUGCUGCUGCACCGUCGACACCCACAUCACCCGUGUUCGCACAGGCGCAGAAAGGUCCACAGCCAAGAGCAAGAGACGCUGGAAACGGACUACCUCCCCCUUCACCGUCUACUGCGCCUUUGCCAGGUACUGGUUCUGGAAUGGAAGCCCAGCAGUUACAGUCAAUGCAAGCUCAGAGGAAAUCAAUCGCCCCUGGGGCACCUGGAAACACGUUACCUCGUGCGCCACCUGCAAGCACGCACAGGCGAAGUCAUAGUUUGAGUCAACGGCCGACGGGAGCAGGUUGGGCUGGGGUGUUUAGCGGUGGGAAAGGCCCCCUUGAUGAAAAAAUCACUGGAGAACCGGAGGUUGCUGCCACCGUUGCUACCAGUGAUAACGAGAAGCUUGAGCCUGUCAGGGAGAAACCUGGUUCACCCCAAUCUGAUCAGGUCUCUUUUGCUGGGACUGGGAGGUCAUCGACGAAGGAAGGACGAUCUAAGACUGCUGAUAAGGACUCGGAGAAGGAAUAUGGAACGAUAUCUGCUGGUGCAACCCUCGUCAGGAAGUUUGGUAGCAUGUUGGUCGGUCGUGGGGAUGAUCGGCGAUAUAAUGCUAGUAAACGGGGCACUAUAUUAGGCGGGUCGUUGAUAUCAAGUUCACCGAGACCAUCAGGGGAAAUAGAUGUGAGCAGUCGGAAGGAGAAGAGAAGUGGGGACAUUCCUUCUUUUGAGGGUGAACGAGAGCACGAAAUGGAGUCUACGGAGAAGGAGCCAUCUUCAACGACUGAGAAACCAAAGGCUAUAUCUCAUAGUCAGAGUCAGCCGCUGAGUGGGGCAAACACUAUUCAUUCGCAUCGAAGAGCCGCGACUAUACUUGAUCCACAAAGUAGUCGGAUGAAACACGAGAGAAGGAGCAGUGCCGGUGCCGCGUUAUUAUCAAGUGUUGGUGGAACCAUUGGAAGACACCGGCGGCCGUCGACUGGAUACGGUGGUGCUACUAGACCUUUGGCAGAGCGCUUGUUCUCCAAAACUGAGGAGGUGGCAGAGAUGGCAGAAUCAAGAGAGACGGACAUGGAGAAACGAGGUGGAGAUGUUACUAGUGGCCAUGAAGCUAGUGGAGAUCAUGAUGAGGAGGAUGGCAAGGUUGACAAGGACUACAAGCCGGUCUAUCUCAAAGGGUUAUUCAGUGUUGCCACGACGUCGACCAAAUCGCCCCAAGUCAUCAAAGCUGAUAUCCGGAGAGUCCUCGACAGAAUGCAGGUUCAAUAUCGUGAAGUCAAAGGCGGUUAUGAAUGCAUUCAUGUGCCGUCGAUUGACAUCUCCUCUGUCGAACCUGCCUCCCAUCGGUUAAAUCGCCAGCAGGCGUCGACGGGAUCCACCGAAACUCCCAAGCGCAUUGUCAAAAAAUCUUCGAAACUCUCCUUCACUCUUCGAGGUGGUCGAAGUAAGGACAGGGAUCAUUCUAUGGACAAGGACAGGGAAAGUCACAAGGACCCUGCUGGGAGACCUUCUGGUGUCACGACGUUGACCACGACGCCGAGCACAGGGUCGUCUUCGUUCUUCAAUGUCUCGUCGAAUCAUACUGUCGUGGAAGAGAAUCAUACAGGUACUGCUACCCCUAUAGCAAAUGGAGUGACGGCAAUGUCUGCUGAAAUCGACCAUGAGCAAGCAGACUUGACUCCUUCAUCUCCUUCAGGAGCUUCAACAUCUGGUUCCCCCACAACGAGGUCAAAGAUGCUUCCCCCGAUACCCCGAGAUUUUGGGUCGAGAUCACCGGACCCACGCAGUUCUAGCCCAAUGCCGACCGGAGGAGUGGGUAAAGACGUGUUUGAAAGUAUGGGAUCAAACUCGUUAAGUGUUCGUUUCGAGAUUAAUGUUGUAAAGGUUCCUUGGCUGCCUCUGCACGGUAUUCAAUUCCGCAGACUGGGUGGUGACGGUUGGCAGUAUCAAAUGCUUGCUAGACGCGUGCUCACGGAACUCAAGUUAUGAUUAUAUUGUUUUUUUUUUCUAUGGCGAUUCUCCAUACACUUUAUAUACACUAUGCACUGGAGGUACUCCUUCAACUACUGGUUAUUCACGACCUUCAUGUCCUUAUCUUGUCGUUCCCUCCUGUCAUCUUAAGUUUCCCUGGUUUUUCUUGUAGAUCAUGCUUUCCCUCUUUCGUUUCCGGCUCUCUUCUCGACAAGGCCUGGGUCUCCUCGUGGCAGUCUAUUUAUGCGUACCGUUCUGUACGAAGUAAGUAAUUCACUCAAGGAAUCUAAAAAUAUUUUUCAUUGUCAGUCA